GGACUUCAUGCGCGCGUUCGACGCAAUCGCCAGCAUCUCCGGUCUGAACGCCUUCCGGGCGCUCCACAUCACGCUGUGGUUGUUCAUCGCGUAUAGGGCCAAGGUGGAGAUCUCGCGGUCGAGGCUUAUCGACAUCUGCGGGCCCAACGUGAAGAAGCUUCACGACAUGUGUGCUGCUGCCGGCGUUACCUUGGAAGGCCUGUAUGACGCCGUGGCCAAGCUCCUCCCGGACAUCGACCCCGCGUCCUUCGAGAUCUGGUCGUGCAAGGUUGUCAACUUCCUGUGCGUCCUGCAUUGCCACAAGCAGAGCAGCUUGGUGUGGCGCAACAACUUGAAGGGCCCGGAGCCGCGGCGCUUGGCCGGCAAGCGGAGCCUGGACUAGCCGAGCCGCAUCGCCGCGGCAGGCGGCCGCGCCACGCCGGUGACCGAGC